UGUAUGUAUGUAGAAGACUGAAGACUGAAGAGGCGGCCGGCGACAUAACCUUCCUUCACCAAAGUUAAAUUUCGAUCAAUUUCGAUCCGCGCAAUGUCGACGUUAAUAUUAAGAUCUAUUGUGUCAUUAAAUAGGAGUACUCAUAAUGUUUUUACAAAGUUUAGGUAUUUGAACACGUCAAAUGCGAUGAGUCAACAGUCCAGCUUGCCCAAGCAAUCCGCAAAAGUAAAGAGGAAUUCGCCAAUUACAUGGAAAAGCUUAACAAUCUCUGGUGUCGUCGGCGCCGGCCUUCUGUGGUACGUGCACCAUCUUAAAGAGGAAAAGGACAAGACCUUGGCGCGGGAGAGGAGACAGCAGUUGGGCAAGGCUAAGAUCGGCGGCAAGUUCGAGCUGGUGAAUACGGAGGGGAAAACGGUGAAGUCUGACGAUUUCUUGGGCCGGUGGAUGUUGAUAUACUUUGGAUUUACGCACUGCCCGGACGUCUGCCCCGACGAGAUCGAGAAGAUGACGAACGUGGUGAACACUCUCGAGAAAGAGCACAAUUUCAAGAUACAACCGAUUUUCAUAUCGGUGGAUCCGGACAGAGAUACGCCCACCGUCGUCGGCAAGUAUCUCAAGGAAUUCUCCGACAAGAUCAUUGGCCUUACUGGCAACAAUGAACAAGUCGGACAGACGUGCAAGGCGUACAGAGUUUACUACAGCAACGGCCCGAAAGACCAGGAUAACGACUAUAUCGUGGAUCACACUAUCAUUAUAUACUUGAUAGACCCGGAGGGCUUGUUCGUGGAUUACUACGGACAAACGCAUGACGUAAAUAAGAUUGUGACCAGCAUUCUUAUAAACAAGUUGAAGUACGAACAAUUGAAGGACGAUUCCUCGUCCUGGCUGCCGUCAUUGCCGAUGAAGGGAGUGUUAUGAGCGUUGCGACAUUCCUGUGUGUACAGACAAUUUGUAAGUCAGUAUUGUGCUGUAAGAAAAAUUUGCUGAUGUAGUACAUUAAUAUUAAUUACAUUUAUAAAUGUAUAUGUAAGAUAUAGAUAAUAUUUAUUUUUCACAACGAUGCACUAUACGAUGUGAAUAUACAAAAGAAAUUGAUUUUUUUUUAUGGGAACUAAAGGCUACAGAACUGUACAUAAGCUGGAAAAUAAAAGAUUUAUUGUUAUA